AUGACCGACCAGAUCACUGUUCUGAGUCCACGCAAACAGAUUGAUCGACGGACGACUUUUCUGGAUGUUGAGUCCCAACAGCAACGCGAGCCUUUCUUGGUUCGCUCAGGGCUCGAGUUGCCUUCGUGGUGGGAAGGCGAGCGUGACCCUCGCGAGCUGCGAAAGUAUGCGCUACUCUUCUUCUUUCUUGUACUGUUCGCCGCGGCAGUUUUGAGCAUCCCGAUCUUUUUGCCACCAAGUGAUGAGCGUGCUGGAACGAGUACGCCAUCUCAGGCGGCUGACUCGACUCACGAUUCAAAGGGAGGCCCUGUCGCUGGAGGUUCUGAUGCCCACAAAGGCGCUCGUGGCGACGACACCACUGCAGCGUCACUUGUAGAAAACUUUGCUCCGUUUGGCAAAAGCAUCUUGGCACGUGGUGAGCGAUAUGGAGCGGUUGCAGCGGACAACCCCGUCUGUUCGAAACUAGGACUGCAGGUUCUAUCGGAACUGGGCGGAAACGCCGUGGACGCCGCUGUGACCUCUGCCCUUUGCCAAGGAGUUCUGUCGCCAUUUGCAUCUGGAAUCGGAGGUGGGUGCUUCGCGCUCGUUCGGCUGCAGAACGGGUCAACGGACUUCAUUGACGCACGGGAGACGGCGCCAAUGAACCUAACGCACCAGCUUCUACGCGAACGGGGCCCGGAAAGUACGCGCCAUGGCGGACUCUCCAUCGCGGUUCCUGGUGAACUUCGAGGUCUCGAGCUCAUGCAUGCCCUAUACGGGAAGCUUUCUUGGAGAGAUGUUGUGUUGCCAGUGAUCCCUCUCGCUCGUAACGCGACGGUUGGAACCAUGCUCGCAUAUCGCCUGGCUCAGAAUGCUCCAACAAUUCUCAAAUCGCCUACUUUAUGUGAAGUGUUCUGUGACCCCAGCGGUUCUCGUGUCUUGGCGGAAAACGAGACGCUCGUCCAGACGGCGCUGGCAGAACUCCUGACGCAGAUUGCGCUUCACGGCGCUGAUUACUUGUACAAUCACUCGGCCUCGACUCUGGCGAAAGAAAUUCAGGAGGCAGGUGGACUAAUGACUGCCGAGGACAUCAGUGGAUAUCAACCGAAACGGAGACAGCCUCUGCAAAGCUUCUACAGGGGCUUUGAGAUUCUCGGUUCUUCACUUCCGAGCUCCGGUGGACCGGCGAUCGCUAUGGCGCUGAACAUCCUCGAGGGCUACAAUAUGCCAUCUCGUGGACAUUCCAAUGAGAGUCUGCAGCUUGUGACCGAAGCCCUGAAAUACGCUUUUGCGAGCCGUUCGCAAUUAGGAGAUCCGGACUUUGUGCCUGAAGCAGCAGUUCACGUCAGCGACUACAUGGUGAACAAAGCGGCAGCCGCGCGUCUGCGCGAAACUCUGGAUACCCUGCAAACGCAUCCUGCGGACUAUUACUUUGACGCCGAGCGUAUUCAUUCGACUAUCGGCGGAGUCGAUGACCACGGCACUACCCAUUUGAGCGUUCUUGACGCACAAGGCAAUGCUGUCGCGCUCACGUCCACCAUCAAUACUGAAUUUGGCUCCAUGAUUCGAAGUCGCUCGACAGGCAUUGUCUUCAACAACGAGAUUGACGACUUUUCCGUGGCCGGGCAUCCGAAUGCCUUCGAUAUAUCACCCUCAGAGCCAAAUUUUCCCGUGCCUGGAAAGCGACCACUUUCCUCGAUGUCACCUACAAUUGUCGUACGCAACGGACGUACCGUGCUUGUUGUUGGCGGAUCCGGUGGGCCCCGAAUCAUUUCAUCGACGCUGCAGGUGCUGAUCAAUGUGCUCGACUUUGCUGAUGGCCUGGUAGAGGCCAUUUCUAUGCCACGCGUACACCAUCAGCUGCUACCGAAUGUUCUCUGGAUGGAAGCGGUUGGUCAAAAAUGCGAGCUCGGAGGAGUUCGAUCUGCACAGGAAAAGAAUAGCGGUAUUUGGACUCAGAUGUGCCAAUACAUGCGUCGUGUCGGUCACGAAAUUGAGGGAAGCCAAGACCAUGAGAGUAUUGCACCAGAAAUGGUUGGCUGUGUGCAGGCUGUCGUGCGACCCCAUGCUGGUUUGCCGCUAUUUGCUCUGCAUUCAAACGAGCCGGUGCAGCGCGGCACUGUCCAAGACGGUAUCAUGUACGCAGCGAGUGACCCGCGCAAAAGAGGUCAGGCUGCUGCCGCGUGA